AUGGCCAUUGUACUUGCGCCCAGCAGUUUAAUCUUCGGGCUGUCCGUAGCCCCUCAGCCCAUCUGUGCGUCAAUAAUACACAUUCUGUCCCAGUCUUGUGCCUUCUCUUGUCUUCAAGAAAGUCUCGACGCGCUAAAUAAGAAAUCACUUUAUACUGAACCUGAUUUCCCUGCAUUGCUUAUAAGUCGUGGUCGUGAAAUCAUCAGUGUUCACAUCGGUCAGGGUGGUGUUCAGACGGGCAAUGCAUGUUGGGAGCUCUACUGUCUAGAGCAUGGAAUUCAACCUGACGGACAGAUGCCUAGUGAAAAGACCAUUGGAUGCGACGAUGACUCAUACUCAACAUUCUUUCUUGAAACUGGUGCCGGAAAACACGUUCCCAGAACCGUUAUGAUGGAUCUAGAACCCACUGUAAUAGACGAGGUACGAACUGGCACCUAUCGGCAGCUGUUUCAUCCAGAUCAGCUUAUUACAGGAAAGGAAGACGCUGCUAACAAUUAUGCUCGCGGUCACUACACUGUGGGAAAGGAGAUCGUUGAUUUGGUUCUAGAUAGGUUGCGAAAAUUGGCCGAUCAGUGCACAGGAAUUCAGGGUUUCAUCAUUUUUCACUCCUAUGGUGGAGGCACAGGCUCCGGAUUCACGUCUCUAUUCAUGGAACGACUGAGUGUUGAUUACGGCAAGAAAUCCAAACUAGAGUACGCCAUCUACCCCGCACCUCAGAUCUCCACAGCUGUUGUAGAGCCGUAUAAUGCCAUACUCUGCACUCAUUCAACCAUUGAGCACUCUGAUUGUGCUUUCAUGGUGGACAAUGAGGCCCUUUACGACGUCUGCCGCCGAAAUUUGGACAUUGAACGACCCACCUACACAAACUUAAACCGUCUAGCUGCGCAGAUUAUAAGUUCCACCACAGCCUCUUUGCGCUUCGACGGCGCUCUAAACGUGGACUUGACAGAAUUUCAAACCAAUCUUGUGCCCUACCCUCGUAUCCACUUCCCAUUAGUCACUUACGCACCCACAGUCUCCGCGGAGAAGGCGUAUCACGAGCGUCUCAGUGUGGCCGAGUUAACCAAUAGCACUUUUGAACCGGCCAAUCAGAUGGUGAAAUGCGAUCCACGCCACGGCAAGUAUAUGACCUGUUGUAUGCUUUACCGUGGCGACGUGGCACCCAAGGACGUGAACUCGGCUAUCGCCGCCAUCAAGACAAAACGGACCAUCCAGUUUGUAGACUGGUGUCCCACAGGUUUCAAGAUCGGCAUCAAUUACCAACCUCCCACCGUGGUCCCAGGUGGCGAUCUGGCCAAAGUGCAACGUGCUCUCUGCAUGAUUGCCAACACCACGGCGAUCGCAGAGGCUUGGGCUCGUCUCGAUCACAAAUUCGACCUGAUGUACGCCAAACGUUGCUUCGUCCACUGGUACGUCGGUGAAGGUAUGGAAGAAGGCGAAUUCUCCGAGGCACGAGAGGACCUCGCUGCCCUUGAGAAGGAUUAUGACGAAGUCGGAGCCGACACGGUGGAAGGCGAGGGAGAAGAGGAGGAGGAAUACUAG